GUCAACUACAAAAAGAUGAAAACCUCUUUUCGGGAUUUCCAACAUAGUCAUUAUGAGGAUCUUUUUAAAGAGACUACAGAAAGUGAGAGUAAGCACAGCAUGUGGAUAGCCAGAGACUCCUUCCUCAGAGACAAGUGGAACAGUGAGCAUGAAGGGCUAGCAGGGCCAUCCCAGACGGCUUCUCCUCAGCUUCCUGAUAGUAUACAAAUUGUUUCUGAAAGGGAGCUAGCUCAGUUGGCUCAGGUUCGACCAUUAAUAUUCAGUGUUCGUGAGCAAUCAGCCAUCAAGGAUUAUUUUAAAAUGUUUCAGAAAAAAGUAGAAGGAUAUGAAAUCAUUCAGGAAUUUAUGAAUUUAGAAUAUGAGAACCUGCCCGGUGAGUUCAACUCUGGGAAUGAACCAUGCAACAGAGACAAAAACAGAUACCGAGAUAUUCUUCCAUAUGAUUCAACACGUGUUCCUCUUGGAGAAAACAAGGACUACAUUAAUGCUAGUUAUAUUAGAAUAACCAAUGAUGGAGAAGAGUAUUUUUAUAUUGCUACCCAAGGACCACUGCCAGGUACCACAGAUGAUUUUUGGCAAAUGGUUUUGGAAAAUAACUCUAAUGUUAUUGUCAUGAUAACCAAAGAGAUAGAAGAUAGAAUUGUCAAAUGCCACCAUUACUGGCCCAUUUCUCUGAAGACGCCUUUGGAAUUGAAAAACUGUUAUGUCUUCCUGGAGAACUACCAGAUACUUCAGUAUUUCAUCAUUCGAAUAUUUCAAGUUGUGAGGAAGUCUACAGGAACUAGACACAGUGUAAAACAGUUGCAGUUCACCAACUGGCCAGACCAUGGCACCCCUGCCUCAGUAGAUGGCUUUAUACAGUAUGUUCGUUAUGUGAGGAAGAGCCACCUUACGGGACCCAUCAUUGUCCACUGCAGCGCUGGUGUGGGGCGUACCGGGGUGUUCCUUUGUGUGGAUGCUGUGUUCUGUGCCAUUGAGAAGAACUUGUCAUUCAACAUCAGGAAUAUAGUGGCCCAAAUGAGAGAACAACGUCAUGGCAUGGUUCAAACAAAGGAGCAGUAUUGCUUUUGUUAUAAAAUUGUGCUUGAAGUUCUUCAGAAGCUUCUGACUUUGCCUGACAGAUGA